UUUUGUACUCUCCUCUCGCGCAGCUGUCAAAGUGUCAAAAACAAUCUUUUCAGGGGCCGGUUUGUGCUCGUGCCCGUGGAAAAUUCAGCGUGGGAAGGCGACGGAAAAGUCGACAGCGUGUCUUCUGAAAGUAUGGCGCCCUCGAUCAAGCAGCUGAACCGCGUGGUGAUGGCGUUGGCGGCCGUCGGAGUCGUCCUCUGCGUCUACACGUACGUCGUGGAGACUAAAAAGGAGCUCGACUCGAGUUACGAGGCCAUGUGCGACAUCAACGAGCACAUCAGCUGCACCAAGGUCUUCACCUCCGAGUAUGGAAAGGGGUUCGGCCUCGUAAGACUCAUCGCGGGGGAAGACUCGGCGUUCAACGUCCCUAAUCCUGUUUACGGACUCGUCAUGUACUCCAGCAUUUUUCUCUUCUCUCUGAGCCCGACAAGCCUGACCCUGAGCCUGAUCCAGGUGUGUCAGUGCGUGUUGGCCAACAUCGGCUCCAUCUACCUGGGCUGCAUCCUCUACUUUGUGCUGCAGGACUUCUGCAUCGUCUGCGUGACGACCUACGUUGUCAAUUUCGUCCUGCUCAUUGCCUGCACCCAAAAGUACAACCAGCUGAAAAACUCCGCCAGCAAGCGAACCAAAAAGGUCAAAUAGAAAUAUUUAAACGAGGGCGUCGUUUACGUUUUUAGUCACAAACUCCUUUUUUCCGAGUCACAGUUCCUUAUUUUUAAUGUGACAAACUGAUAUUUUUGUACUUUUUACCAGAUUUAUUGUUUUGUUGACGGUUAUAUUUUUACGUUGCAUUUUUGUGAGACUGUUUCGUCAAUUCAGGGGCUCAAUGUUUGUAAUUGAAUAAAAUUUGCAUCGCAUGGCAAA